AUGGACUUGACAACACUCAAAAUACCACCCUUCUACGAAGUCGUACAGCCCUACCUGGACACCGGAAAUAGGGAUUACCUAGCGAAGGUCCUAAAACACUGGAGUCUCGCCGUGGACCCCGACCGCAACAUCCGAUACGCUCUCCACGACGCCAUUUUCCGAGACGAUGAAGCCGCGGUCCGGAUGAUCCUCGAUGCCGGCGUCGACCCGGGAAUGCGACAAGUGCACGAUCCCAACUUCACGCCUCUGCUAGCCGCCGCGCAGCACGGCAGACUCGAGAUCGCCCGUCUGCUGUGGCAGGUAGUCGGUCCCGCCGGGCGACUCUACCCCGGGAAAAGAUCUGCUCUCUCCUGUCUUCAGGUCGCUGCCCGCAACGGCCACGCUGAUCUGGUAGUGUACUUCCUCGAGGUAUACGCGGACUGGACAGACGAAGACAAGCAACAUACGCUGCAAGACGCAGCGUAUUCUUGGUGCGAUGAUGUCGUGGCCUUGUUGCUGGCUCGGAUUGACUUCGAACCGAGCGCUCUCCAAGGUGCGCUGGAACGUGUUGUUCAGGGGAGGAUGAUUCUUCCUGAGGCUCCCACGAGACGACCCCCGAGAACGGAGGACUACGUUCAUCAGCAGAACGUGGUCCGCCAACUCAUCGACGCCGGGGCAAACCCAGAAGUAAGACGACGUCAAUACUUCAACCAGUCCCUAAUUCACAUGGCGUCGAUAGUACGUUACUCCAUUGGAGCCCUCAGGGGACUACUGGAGAGAGGAGUAGAUGUCAAUACUCAAGACUCUGAGGGCCGAACAGCCCUCAAACGCCUGGUGAGCAGACCUCCCCUAUCAACCGACGUGCUUCGAGUUCUCCUGCAGCACGGCGCAUCACUCGAGAUGGUGGGUGAAGCUGGAGAAUCUUUGUUCCACACCAUCGCGCACAACGGAACCACAGAGCAGUUGCAGCUGUGUCUCUCAUACUCACCGAACUCACUUGCAUCCAUUCGGUCGCAAACGUCUCAUGGGGAGACACUCCUGCAUUACGCUGCAGCCGGAGGGCGAGACGACAUUGUCAAACUUCUCUUGGAGCACGGUCUAGACGUCAACGCUGUCACCAGCAACGGCUGGACGCCUUUACUCUGCGCCUUGUCUCCGACAAACUUCAAAAGGGAGCAAUGUGCAUACCGCGCCGCUGAGUUGCUUCUUCAGAAGGGCGCGUCCGCCCAGAUCGUGACGGACGAGGGGUGGUCUCCGCUUCACGCUUUGGCGACGUGGCCUACAGCUCGAGACGAAGAGACGAGGAACUGGGCUACUCGCCUCGCUCAAGAUCUUAUCUCGCGCGGGGCGCCUGUUGACGCUGAGCCGCGCCUCAUCCAGGAUCCUGACAUUAAUAUGAGCAAGUUAAGAGACAUGUGGGGAUUCCGCAUGGAGAGGUUUGUUGAGGGUCUUCAGCCGGUCACGCAGAGUCCGUGGGAUAUGAGUGACGAUACUACACCGCUCAUGUGGGCUAUGUGGAGCAAUGCGAUAGGUGUCUUUGAAACCAUCAGGACGCACUUGGACUCGGUUCUCGCCAUGGGUCUUCUCUGGGGCGCAACAGCCCUCCUCGCAGCUCGUGCUGCCCAAGCUUACCCGGCAGCGGGUAGCUCGACCUCGACAGCCGCCGCCCUGAGCGUCCCCAAAACCGCGGCCGGCGCCUCGAUACCUCACAGCAACUCAUUCGCCUCAUUCUCGUUCGAGCCCGCUUUCUGGGUUGAGUUCUUCGGCAACGCCAGCACCCCGAACAACCUCACCUUCGGUGUCCUAGAUCGGAUCCACGAGCAUGGGGGUUUCCCCAUCAUCCGUCCCGGCGGUAUCACCAUGGAUAGUAUGAUUUUCGACCCAGAGGGCCCGGACUCGGUCCGAACCACCAGUGCCGCCGGAGGCGUCUGGCGCACAACGGUGGGCCCGGGUUACUACGAGAGCUGGAACAACUUCCCCGAGGGCACCAAGUUCAUCUCGACGCUCAACUUCGGCAACGAGAGCUUGGAGAUCGCCAAGGGCCUGGCGGUCGCGUCGACAAAGUACCAAGCCGACAAGAUCGCGUACUUCGAGCUCGGUAACGAGCCGACGAACUACAAGUCCACACGCUGGAACUUCUCCACACAGGCCUACGUGGAUCAGUGGAAGGAGUACACCCACGACAUCGACGCUGCCGUCAACGAGACCGGCAUCAGCCUCUCCAGCGAACGGUGGUGGGCCUCGUCCGCCACGACCGACGACUCGGGCCUUGAGGUCCGCCCCAUCGCCCUCAUCCCGGCCGGGGUAGACUCGGAGAACCAGGUCGGCGUCUAUUCGAUCCACUCGUACGGCUUCUCGACGUGCGACCCGGCGCGCGCCGCCCGCGCCACGAUCGAGAACAUCCUCAAUCACACGGAGCUCGUGCGGUACUGCGACGAGGAGAUCUACCCCUCGGCCCGCGCGGCCCUCGACGUCGGCAAGAGCUGGAACAUUGGCGAGUUCAACUCCAUCUCGUGCUCGGGGCAGCCCAACGUCACCGACACCUUCGCUCAGGCCCUCUGGGUCGUCGACAGCGAGCUCAUCUACGCCACCCGCAACGCCUCGGCGACGCACCUCCACAUGGGUGCCACGCUUGUUCUGCAGUCUGCCGACCAGAGCAACAGCCCCGGCGAGAACGGCACCCCGGGCUUCAGCACCUACUCGAUGCUCUACCCGCGCGACACCGCCAAGCGAGGUCCCGCCCGCACGUUGCCGUCAUUCCUUGCCCAGCUGUUUAUGGCGGAGGCGUUCGCUGUUCAGGGGACCCGGGUCCGGGCUCUUGAGGCGCCGGCCGGCGUUGACUCGGAGCGGUUCUCCGCCUGGGCAUUCUACGUCGAGGACAAGAUUUCCAAGGUUGCGCUCGUCAACAUGAAGCCUUACUACGCCAAUUCGGCUUCAGACUUCACCGUCAGUGUCGACCUGUCCUCGCUGGCGGAUGCUGCCAACGGAACUGUGUACGCCAAGCGCAUGACUGCGCCCUAUGUGAACACCGGCGACAGCAAGUUGUCUACGUGGGCUGGCCAGUCGUUCCCCCAGGGUGAACCGGAGGGGGAGACUGACAUCGAGAAGGUGGAAGGCUCGGUCGAUGUCAGGGGAAGUGAGGCGGUUCUGAUUUUCUUCAACCCGGAAGAGGUUUACGGGCUGAAGGAUACAUCCGUCGCCUAA